AUGACUGAAGACAGACCAUUCAUAUUCAUCCAUAUGAUAUCAGCCCUUGAUGGUAAGAUUAUUGGUGAUUUCAUGCACACCGAAGCAGGAAUUGCCACAUGUAAAGAUUAUGGUUGGACAAAUGAUACCUAUAAGCCAGAUGCAUGCAUAGUCGGUAGAAAAACAGUAAAGGGGUUCUUUGUUACCACACCCGAACUUAACCCUGAUGAAACUGAAGUGGUUGAUGGUGAUUAUAUUGACGAUAGUGCAGCCAGACCAUAUUUAAUCGUUGUUGAUCCAGCAGGUAAAUUGGGAUGGAAACAAAACUUUGUUGAAAUGAAGCCAAAUACCAACUUUCAUGUUAUUGAGGUUUUGACAGAGAAAGCUUCUCCGCAAUAUCGAAAUUACUUGAGAAGGUCCAAAAUUUCAUACAUUAUGGUUGGAAAGGAGCAAGUCGAUUUAUUACUUCUCGUAAAGAAGUUGAAAGAUGAUUUUAAAGUUAAUGUACUGAGUGUUCAUGGUGGUGCAACAAUCAAUUGGACAUUUCUUCAAGCAGGAAUUGUUGAUGAGCUUUCAAUAUGCAUGGCUGCUGCUGCCGAUGGUGCUAAUGAUACUUUAACUCUCUUCGAAAAGUCCCCUUAUGCUUUGAAAGAUUCACCAAUUGAGUUUGAACUAAAAUCGGCUGAUAAAAUUAGCAACGGAGGAUGUGGCUCAGAUAUACUCCUAAGAAGUCACAAAAGAAAGAAAUUCCUUACCUUGGACAGUUUGAAACAGGUCCAAAGAAUGAAAAGUUUGCUGAAUUCUUUUCUGGUCAAAGCUAUAUCAGUCUACUCUCUGAUAAAGGAGCAUUGA